CUCAACACACACACACACACAUACGGACUCUCUCAUAUAGGAGGAUCCCGGUAGAGAGCCGGAGAUUGCACAUCCGAGCGAGCACCGAGGCGCACUACUUCUUUAACUUCCUCCUCCUACACUCACACACACACACACACACACCUCAGCAUCAACAGGAACCUACAAACAAAAACGGGCCAGCUCCAGCUUCAGCCUCCUCCAGACACUGACACACUGCUCAUCAUCUGUUUCACUCCGGAAAUCCUGCGGAUUUUUUAUUUUUAUUUUUUACCUUCAUCUUUUUCUCAGAGGAUCAAUUAAGGCGCACGUACAUUAGGCGGUGCUGCACGGGAAAUUUAAAGCGACGGUGUGUUUUAGUGUGCUUUGUAGUGUGUGUGUUUGCGUGUGUGUGUGUGUGUGUGUGUGUGUGUGUGUGUGUGUGUGGGCGCUGCAGUGUUCACCUGCAUCCUCGGACUUGGAACGGAGCAACAGCCGCCGCCGGCGCAUCAGUGAGGUAGAACAACCCUAUAUCAAGCUGCAGCCAUGGAUGAGAUGGACCUGCCCCAGAUGAAGAAGGAGGUGGAGAGCCUCAAAUACCAGCUGGCCUUCAAACGAGAGAAAUCCUCCAAAACGGUCACAGAUUUGGUCAAGUGGAUUGAGGAUGGCGUUCCCGAGGAUCCCUUUCUAAACCCAGAGCUGAUGAAGAACAACCCAUGGGUGGAGAAAGGCAAAUGCAUCCUCCUCUAGGGAGACGAAGCAUCCAUCCUCCCAGGACCUCCCGUAUCAACAGUAACCCUACAGAUGAUCCCUGAAGCUGACCCGGACUGUGAGGGCAGUGGCCGGACAGCGCCCAACGUGACCUCACCAUGAAUGUACUACAGCUGUUACCCCCCACCUCACCCUAGACACAGGCACACACACAACCACAAGGGCACAGAAACACUCACUGACACUCGCACACAUCAUCGCUCUAAACCUUGUCUGACUCUUUCUCUGCAAGUUUAUUCCUGCCACGGCAAUCUAGCAUUACUAUGAUAUGAGAGCAACAAUAAUUUCUUGUACUACACUGGUUUGUAUGAAUAUACUGUUGAUUAUUUAUUUAUUCUGCUGCCAAUUGCAAUCUUGUUUUUUUUUUAAGUCCCACUUUAAUGCGUUAGUGAUGUGUAAUACAAUGUUGAAUCACAUUCUCACUGCCAGACUGACUGUAGGUGGAAGAAAUGUAAGACUUUCAUUAUCAUUAAAAACAUCGUCAUAUUUACUUACUUUUAACUAAAAUGAAAGAUUUCCCAAGUAAAGAGGUUAGUAAAAGAAAUAAAACUUACUAAAACAGAGAAUUCACCAAUAACAAUGCUUAACAGUGAGUAAGUAACUCCUUCAAUACAAACAUUUGCUUUUACUGUGUAAUUGACAUAGAUGUACAUAAAAUACUGAUGUUAAGAACAGCAGAGAAAGAUCUUGUAAAUCUUAACAGCUUAGCUAAACAUUAUCUGUUAGCAAACAGUUCAAUUUAGGUCCAAUCCAUGCUAACAAAAUAGUCUCCAGAAUGGAGCAUGCAGGUGGACAUGUUGAAUGACCCUUUUCAAAGUUUGGAAUAAAAAAAGUCUGUUUUGAGUAUACUUGAUGAUGAACUGGUAGCCCACUUUGUGCAGAUUGCUUUCCAAGUAAGACCAACAAAUCAGCCAUUAUCAUGGGUUUUUGCUUCAGUUUGUUCUCCCUCUGCCACCAUAAAAUUCAACUGCAAGCUAGAAAUUGAAACCAUUAACUGUCUGCAUGCUAGCGCUAUGUUAGGCGUAAUGUUAGUCUUUUAAAAUAAUUGGCACCUACUGGUAUGCCAUUGGUAAUUAAACUUUUCACUAGAUUUGUAAAAAUUUGUUUGGUUAAUUGUAUUUGAGACACUCUUGUUUUCUUUCCAGACUGAUGGAUGUUAGCAACAUUUUGUUUUGCUUUUUGAGUUCUUUCAGCCUAAUUCAUGUUGUCAGAAAGGCACUACAGAAGUGAUUUCUUAAUGCUACAGAUCGUUCAGUCAUCACGCCUAGGGGUGAAAUGAAGAAAAAAAUAUCUACUUCAAAAAAUAUCCAUAGAGGUGUGGUUUGAGUUUUCAGUAUAAAAGCUAAUUUAAUUUAUUAGCUGUCCAGUCCUUACAAAAUGUAACAGUGAAGCAUACUGAAAUACAACAAAAUGUCUCUGGGUUUAACUCUGCUAGCAUAUUAACAAAGUUAGCGUAGCAUAAACGUGAAAGUCAUGAAGUAUGGCUUCUUUAAACAACAAAAAAGAAUGAACUUUUGGACAAGUGAAAUACAAUUAAAAAAAAUUAAAAAAACACCCCUUACGAAUUGUGAAAAGAAGUUUUGUCAUAGCAUUAUAUUUAGACGCCUCACAGAGUAGCCCCUUUGCUGCAGCACUCACAGUAACAUUGUUUUUUCUGGUCACCAAAUUAUUCACCUGCCACACUGAAAACACAAGAGCAAAAGGAGUCAAAUGAUUGGAUCUAAGGUAGCUGCCUGGACUGGGGCAGAGGGUGAAUAAUCCACUGCUUUGUACAGGGGCUACAAAACAUUUUUACAAUUAGUUAGGCUGCCCAAAAUGUAUUUCAUAAACAUAAUGAAAACAUUUGUCAUCAAUAUCAUAUAGAAACACAGCAAUCAAUGUAAAUGUAGCUAGCAGCAGCCUGCUGCUUGCUAAGUGUGCUGCUACAUGUCCAAGUAGCUAAUGUUUUCCUGUGGUGUAAAAAUCUGACUGACAAGAAAUCACUUUAGUUGUAACACUCUCCUACUGAAUGUGGCUACUACAACUGAUUGAAGAAUACCUCCGUGAGUAUACUUAGCAAUGUUUGUGCAGACUACGCUAGCACCCAAGCUGCUUCCAAAACUAGCUUCCUGUAAUGUAUGACUGCUGCCCUUUUCAGAUUAUAAAAAACUUCAUUUCAAGGACAAUCAUCAUAUUGAGAUUUAGCUUGAAUGUCAUGAUGUCGGUAGUUCUCCAAGCGUAGUCAUAGCAAAGUGAAACUCUGGGUCUCUGGGGUGGGUUUAGGUUUCUGCUCCCUCUCAUCCUGAACCACAGCCCCUAAAGACCACGCACAACCGUGGAGACCAACACAAGAAACCUUUCACACGCAUCCCUCCUCACAUGUAUAGACGGACCCCUUUAACUUAUUAACUUAUUUAUUUAUUUAUUGAAGAGAACUUUCCUUAACCUUGAGCUUUUUUAAAUAGUCGCAACCUUUCCUCUUUCUGUCCUCCUCAAAAAAAAAAAAACAAAUAAAAAAAAUAAAAGAAAAUCACAACAACAAAAAAGCUCCACCUUGCCAGAUCACCAUCUACUACUGCCUUGUACACAGUUUCCUUAAAACGAGAAUGUAAAUAUGUGGCAUGAGGUUCCGACAUCACUGCUGACCUCAGAGGUGGCCUGUGAGUGCAUGUGACUGCAAUCUUAUGUUUAUGUGUGCAUACUUUCAGAAACAAAUCUGGACAAGAGGCUCCCAUGUGGGCUGCGAAGCGCAAAUGCAGCUGCAUCGCACACGCACGCACACGCAUGGGAGGCUGAACAGAUCAGCAACAACACACACACACACACACACACAAAUGCACGCUACUCAGUGAGAAUGUGUACCAAGGGAGGCUUGGCAAGGACAACGGAGUCUGGACGCGACUUGGGACAGCAGAGCUUCACAUCUUCUAUGUACUGUAGUAAAUCAGAUACAGUUUGUGUUUCAGCGGCUGCUCCUGGGAGUUUUACUCUUGAAUUAUAUUUUAACUUUUAUUUAUUAUUAUUAUUAUUAUUUUUUGCUAUCAUCAAGAGUUGCUAAGUAAGUUUAGUCUACCCAUGGGCUGUGAAAACAUGUUUUACAGUCCAAAAAAAACUUAAAAAUAACCAGUUGUGUUCAAAGUGACAGGCCUACACAAUGCAAGUAAUGUCAAAACAUAAA